GACGUUAGUGUUGAAACAGGAGCAGGGGGCUCGAGCUGUCCCUUAGGAAGCAUUAUCAGAGCUAGAAUUUGUGCAGAAUGGGAGGGAAGGGUGUGGAGAAAGAUUCUUCAUGAGAAAGGAGCAGGAAGUCAGAGCUGAACGUCCUUCAGUCUGUGUCUGGACUUCACAACAGGCAGGUGUGUCACUUGUGUCUGCUCCCAGCCUCCACUCCAGAUAAGUUCACUGACACCUUGAGGACUCACCUGGGUGGUGUCAAGUUCCUGUUGGAACAGAAACGUCAAACCCUCGGCAGACUGUGAGCCGAGGACUGUCGCCACCAGAAGCAAAUAUCUGUAGACGUCUGCAUUUUGUGAAUCAGCAAUGAAGCAAGUGGAGAAGUUCAUUUUUUUCUGCCACCUGAUGGUUGUCAGUAUUCUAUUUAAGACUACAGAAGCGUUUUCUGUGCGUGCUUCUCUAAGUUUAUUCUAUUUCGACACCACUAGCAACAAGUCUGUGUCCGACCACUGCGUAUGUGGACUGUACGGAUUAAAUUCGCCUCUACUUAGUGCUCAGGGGCUUGUGGGCAUUCCUGUGUCUGAUAAUCUUGAAGCCUGUGAUGCAAAUACCCGCUUCACCGUCACAAAACCACCGUGGAUAGCACUGAUUGAGAGAGGCAAUUGCAGUUUUACUGAAAAAAUUCAAGUGGCAACCAGGAGGGGUGCGGCAGCAGCUGUGAUCUACAACAAGCUGGGCAAAGGCAACAGCACCGUCCUGAUGUCGCAUCCUGGUGCUGAAAGCAUCGUUGCAAUCAUGAUUGGCAACAUGAAAGGCAUGGAGAUCCUACACCGGAUUGAGAGCGGCAUGAAAGUGACUAUGGUCAUUGAAGUGGGGAAAAAGCACGGUCCUUGGAUGAAUCAAUACUCCAUCUUCUUCACCUCAGUGUCAUUUUUCAUUGUCACAGCAGCAACCAUGGGCUACUUUAUCUUUUACUCUGCUCGGAGACUCAGGAUUGCCAGGGCCCAGUCCAGGAACCAGCGACAACUAAAGGCCAAAGCCAAGAAGGCCAUUGAACAGCUACAGCUGCGCACCCUGAAGCAAGGGGACAAGGAAACCGGUCCUGAUGGAGAUAGCUGUGUGGUGUGCAUUGAGCUGUACAAGCCGAAUGAAGUAGUGCGUAUUCUGACUUGCAACCAUCUUUUCCACAAGAACUGUAUUGACCCCUGGCUUCUGGAACACAGGACAUGCCCGAUGUGCAAGUGUGACAUACUCAAAGUUUUGGGUGUUGAGGUAAGCCAGUAGUCUGUCUUAUCUGUGCAAGUCACAGUAUCCAGUGAGGGAUCAAAUGUGUCUUCAGCUAAUGAAGAGGAUAAUCGUAGUGAAACAGCAUCAUCUGGAUAUGCUUCUGUACAAGGAGCAGAUGGAUCUGUUCUGGAGGAACAUGCACCAUCAGAAAAUGACAACAUGCAUCUUGUGAACAAUGAAUCCCAGCCCCCUGCUGUGAAUGCCCUUCCACAUGCUGACAACCCAAGCUUUGAGGCAGACGAAAUACAAGUUCGUGAAGUCAGGUCCUAAGAACAUUCCCAGUGACCUCGUGUAAACUUCUGCAAGGAGCUGCUGAUUGCCGUUGCAUGUGUAUGAAACAUUGCAAGGCUGUUGCAGGAAAAAUAUUGCCUUGGCAAUGCUGAGAUAAAAUGGACUUGUUCAAAUCAUAA